AUGCUCGUGAGAGAUUACGCCAAUCCCAGCGCCAAGGAUAGCUACUUUCCCGAGUCUCGCGCUUUUGACUGGUACCACGGGCACAGCUGGGCCACCGGGCUAUACGCGAGCAUGGACGGCAAGAACCAAGAAUCGAGUUCGGAGGAUGUGAUGAGUAUCUACGCUGUCAAGAUGUGGGGCACAGUAACGGGAGACUCAUUGAUGGCGGCCCGCGGAAACCUCCAACUCGCCGUGCUCUCCAGGGCGGUGCAGCACUACUAUCUCAUGACGAGCGAUAACGCGGUGCAGCCUCCGGAAUUUAUCAACAACAAGGUUGCAGGCAUCCUGUUUGAGAACAAGGCGGACCACACGACGUUCUUCGGGGCGAACCUGGAGUAUAUCCAGGGUAUCCACAUGCUGCCUCUCCUCGCCGCCUCAUCGUUGUCGCGGACGAGGGAGUUUGUGCUCGAGGAAUGGACGACGUACUUUAGCGACGGACGUGCGGACCAGAUCGGCGGGGAUGGAAGGGGAUCGUCAUCUUUGACGUGGUACCUGGCGUACGCGGCCGCAAUGGGAGGAGCAUAA